GAGCUGAAUGAGCUGCGUGAAACAGAAGGCGGCACAGUUCUUACUGCCACAACAUCAGAACUCGAGGCUAUCAACAAACGAGUGAAAGACACCCUGGCACGAUCAGAUGAUCUGGAUAAUUCUAUUGACAAAACAGAGGCAGGAAUUAAAGAGCUUCAAAAAAGCAUGGAACGCUGGAAGAACAUGGAAAAAGAACAUAUGGAUGCCAUUAACCAUGACACAAAAGAACUUGAAAAAAUGACUAACAGGCAAGGCAUGCUCCUCAAGAAAAAAGAGGAAUGCAUGAAGAAAAUCAGAGAGUUGGGUUCACUUCCACAGGAGGCCUUUGAAAAAUACCAGACUUUAAGUUUAAAGCAGCUAUUCCGCAAACUAGAGCAGUGUAAUACAGAACUGAAGAAAUACAGCCACGUGAAUAAAAAAGCCUUAGAUCAGUUUGUGAACUUCUCAGAACAGAAAGAAAAACUAAUAAAAAGACAAGAGGAGCUGGACAGAGGCUACAAGUCCAUCAUGGAGCUGAUGAAUGUACUUGAGCUGAGGAAGUACGAAGCUAUUCAGCUGACUUUCAAACAGGUGUCAAAAAACUUCAGUGAAGUUUUCCAGAAAUUAGUUCCUGGUGGCAAAGCCACGCUAGUGAUGAAGAAAGGAGAUGUGGAAGGCAACCAGUCCCAGGAUGAAGGUGAAGGCAGCACUGAGAGUGAAAGGGGAUCUGGAUCGCAGAGCAGUGUUCCAUCUGUAGACCAGUUCACUGGAGUUGGCAUAAGGGUAUCUUUCACAGGAAAACAGGGUGAAAUGAGAGAAAUGCAGCAACUUUCUGGUGGGCAGAAGUCGUUAGUGGCCUUAGCGCUGAUAUUUGCUAUCCAGAAGUGUGAUCCGGCUCCGUUUUACCUGUUCGAUGAAAUCGACCAAGCUCUUGAUGCCCAGCACAGAAAGGCUGUUUCAGAUAUGAUCAUGGAACUAGCUGAACAUGCUCAGUUUAUUACAACAACAUUUAGGCCUGAACUGCUUGAGUCAGCUGACAAGUUCUAUGGUGUAAAAUUCAGAAACAAGGUCAGUCAUAUUGAUGUGAUCACGGCAGAAAUGGCCAAAGACUUUGUAGAAGAUGACACCACUCAUGGUUAAACAGAACUGUACUGACAGCUUGUUUGAGAAUGUGUAUAGAGUGCUGUUUAUGCCGGGGAACUGUAAAUUUAAAAUACAAAAUACUUAGUCCUUGUUUAAAAUAGUUUUUGAACAUACGUUUUAACCAAAACCCCAGAAGGUUUAGUUUCAGAGGAGCUUGAGUACUUGUUUUGUCUCUGUUGCUGUAUUUUAUAAGAUAAUUGUUAAUGUUACCUUUAUACAGUACCUGUAGUCUGAGAGUUUUAUUCCCCUCCCUCAAAUCUUUUGUAAAGUGUCCUAUUGCUGUUUUAAAGCUUUUCAAAAAGUGCUAGGUAUUCCUUCCUAAUUAUAAUUUUAUCAUUUAUAUUGCCUCACAUGUUUUUUUAAUAGCUUCAAUUAAAAUGAUUGGUUUUAUCGCUGUAA